CUUCUGAAGUCCCCGAGGAUUUAAUCCGUCGUUUUACUCGCAGUUUCUCUUGUUUUCUCUUCUAUGUUUGAAGCCUUAUCGGCUCUCCUCGGCUAGAUCUCUGGUUCGGAUGUAGUUACGCUUGAAAGUUUAUGGAAGAAUACAAUCACCAAAGCUAGUGUUUGUCAAUGUAUUCAAAAAGUUCUGGUCAAGGAGAUGGGCCAAUUUCUGGGCCUGUGCGCACAAGUGAUAGGCUCAGGAGAAGGCCAAAAGUGUAUGGGCGUACAUAUUUGUAUUACAGUCCAACCAUCAUUCGGACUAGGAAAAGCAAGACAAAGUCAAGGACAGUAGCUUCUCGCAUUGCUAGAAUGUUGAGCUCAGGGGAUCGAUCAGUUCGGACUUCAAAAAACAAGUCAGGCACACCCAAUCUUCGGCGUUCAUCCAGAAAGAGGAGAGUUUCUGUGAAUCUUAAUGGUUUUACUGAUAGUUCUGGUUCUGGGGAUGAAGACAUGAUGAGACCUUCAUAUCGACCUUUGAGAAACCGUGUUGAUAACAGUGUUAGUCAAGAUGAGUCUCCUUCUCCCAAACACAAAAAGAUCAUGGAGACUAAAGAAACUCCUCGUCGUGAAGGAUUGCGCCCUCGUCGUUCAAAAGGAGUUGCAAUUAAGCGAAUGAAUUUGGAUUCUGGUGCUGAGCAAGACAUUUCAGAGGAGAAAGCUGGUGAAGAUGAAACUGAAAAUGGGAAUGAUUUAGAUGACGGCCAAAAUGAGAGUGAGGGUGAUGGAGAGGCUGAGGGUGAGGGUGAAGAUGAAGGAGAGGAUGAUGGUGAUGAUGAAGACGGUGAAGAAGAGCGGGAAGGAAGGAGGCGGUAUGAUCUUCGAAACCGUACUGAAGUACGCAGACUUUCUAUGGAUGAGAGCAAGCAAAGAGAUAGAUCUCCUCGGAGGGUUUUGCAUCAAGGAAUGGGGACUAAGGUCAGUAGGGAUGUUAGAAGGGGUGGCUCACGAGUUCAUAAGCGUCAUCGUCUAACAAGAACAGAGGAUUCUGAUGAUUCUCUUCUUGUGGAUGAGUUGGAUCAGGGCCCUGCUAUUCCUUGGGGCCGAGGUGGGAGCAAAUCAGGACCACCUUGGUUGUUUGGGGGACUAGACAUGCAUGGGACAACAACAUGGGGAUUAAAUGUUGCUGCAUCUGGUUGGGGUCAUCAAAGUGAUGUUUUUGCCACGUUGACUUCUGGAAUUCAGACUGCUGGACCAAGCUCUAAAGGAGGGGCAGAUAUUCAACCCUUACAGGUUGAUGAAAGUGUAAGCUUUGAUGAAAUAGGUGGGCUUUCUGAAUAUAUUGAUGCUCUAAAGGAAAUGGUUUUUUUCCCCUUGUUGUAUCCAGAUUUCUUUGCAAGUUAUCACAUCACCCCACCUAGGGGUGUCCUGUUGUGUGGUCCUCCUGGCACUGGUAAGACAUUGAUUGCCAGAGCAUUAGCAUGUGCUGCUUCAAAGGCAGGUCAAAAAGUCAGUUUUUACAUGCGAAAGGGUGCUGAUGUACUUAGCAAGUGGGUUGGUGAGGCUGAAAGACAAUUGAAACUUCUUUUUGAAGAGGCACAAAGGAAUCAACCUUCUAUCAUUUUCUUUGAUGAGAUAGAUGGGCUUGCUCCUGUAAGGUCUAGUAAACAAGAGCAGAUUCACAAUUCUAUAGUGUCUACUUUGCUUGCCCUCAUGGAUGGUCUGGAUUCCCGUGGGCAAGUUGUUUUGAUUGGAGCAACCAAUAGGGUUGAUGCUAUUGAUGGUGCCUUAAGACGCCCUGGACGAUUUGAUCGUGAAUUCAAUUUUCCUUUGCCUGGUUGUGAAGCACGUGCUGAAAUACUAGAUAUUCACACUCGGAAGUGGAAGCAACCUCCAUCUAAGGAACUUAAAGUGGAACUUGCAGCUAGUUGUGUGGGAUAUUGUGGUGCAGAUUUGAAAGCCCUAUGCACUGAAGCUGCCAUUCGUGCUUUCCGUGAAAAGUACCCUCAAGUGUACACCAGUGAUGACAAAUUUCUGAUAGAUGUCGACUCAGUAAAGGUUGAAAAGUAUCACUUUAUAGAGGCCAUGUCGACGAUUACCCCUGCUGCUCACAGAGGUUCCAUUGUUCAAUCUAGACCGUUGUCUUUGGUGGUUGCACCAUGCCUGCAAAGACAUCUCCAGAAUGUCAUGAAUUAUAUAUCUGACAUAUUUCCUCCCCUAACACUGUUAUCUGAGUUGACCAAGUUAUCUAUGCUCUCAUAUGGAUCUGCAAUUCCUCUUGUUUAUAGGCCUCGGCUUAUCCUUUGUGGCGCCGAUGGUUUUGGCUUGGAUCAUCUUGGACCCGCAAUAUUGCAUGAGCUAGAGAAAUUUCCAGUACAUUCUCUUGGUCUUCCAUCUCUUCUUUCGGAUCCUAGCGCAAAGACUCCAGAGGAAGCAGUGGUGCAUAUAUUUGGUGAAGCAAGAAGAGUAACACCUUCUAUACUCUAUAUACCUCAGUUUAAUCUAUGGUGGGAUAACGCACAUGAACAGCUUAGGGCUGUUCUGCUUACUCUUUUGGAAGAGUUGCCAUCGGACUUACCUAUAUUAUUGCUUGGAACAUCCACAGUUUCACUUGCCGAUUUUGAUGGGAAUCCAUAUUCAGUAUUUCCUCAGCGUAGUGUCUAUCAAGUGGGAAAACCAUCAACUGCAGACAGAACUUUGUUUUGUGACCGUUUAAUUGAAGCUGCUAUGUCAAUAUUGUUGGAGGCUGUGACCAAAAAGCCCCAGGAAUCAGUAUCUCUUCCUGAACUUCCCAGAGUGCCAAAAGUGACAACUGGACUGAAGGUCUCAGAAUUGAAGGCCAAAGUAGAAGCUGAGCAACAUGCUCUUCGCCGCUUACGGAUGUGCCUUAGAGAUGUUUGCAAUCGGAUAUUGUAUGAUAAAAGAUUUAGUGCUUUCCAUUAUCCCGUCACUGAUGAGGAUGCCCCAAACUACCACUCAGUAAUCCAGAACCCUAUGGACAUUGCUACACUAUUGCAGCGGGUUGACUCUGGGCAAUAUCUUACUUGUUCAUCUUUUCUACAAGAUGUUGACCUGGUUGUAGCCAAUGCAAAGGCUUAUAAUGGAGAUGAUUAUAAUGGUGCUAGAAUUGUUAGCAGAGCUUAUGAACUACGAGAUUCAGUACAUGGUAUGCUGUCGCAGAUGGACCCUUCACUGGUUACUUCUUGUGACAAAAUUGCUGCCCAAGGGGGUCCAACACAUGUGCCAGAUGACAUGGGUGUGACUACACUCCCCUCAGUACCUGUAGUGCAGCUAGGAACUGUCACUCGAGCAAGUGCCCGACUUCGCAAUGUCCAGCCAGAGGCCAAUCUUCAAAGUUACGAGGCUUUGAAAAGGCCAAAGAAGAAUGCCGAUACUGCCCUUUCAGCAGAAGACAAAUCACGGGUAGCGGAUUCAACACUAACGAAGUCAUCAUCUCAAACCCAGGAAGCAAACGAGAUAAACUGCGAGGGGCCUGAGCCUGGUUUCGGAGAUGGAAACCAGCAAGAAACUUGUAUGGAAUCUGAUGGUCAAAUCGAUGGGAGCGGAUCCGAGGACAUUAGAAUAUCGAGUGGUGAGAUUUCUAAGCAAGUAGAAAGGAUAAAGCAACUGAUUCUGGAACGAACGGAAAACAAGGGAAUUCCAGAGCUUGAAAGGGUGUACAGUCGUGUUAUGAAAGACAUAUUUGAAAGUAGGGAGAAAGGAGUUGGAGAUGAUGCCAAGACAUCAAUUUUGAAGUUUUUAAUGCAAUUUGCGGAGGACGAGGCAAACUUCUGAUCUCAAAUGGCCUCUUCAUCAUUUAGGUUGGGUAGGCUGUUGUCAAAUCGGAAUUUUCUCUUUCUAAUUCACGAAGGCCAUCUCUUUUUCUGUCUCAA